AUGGAAUCUAAAGCCCAAUCACAACGGCCUCGACCGAUCACCACCACCACCAACAACCAGGGUCGUGGAUUUCCAACUAAUCUGCAGUUGGAGCAUAUGGCAGCUGGAGUCACAGGAGGGGUGGUGUCCUCUAUUGUUCUACAUCCACUAGAUCUGAUUAAAGUUCGAUUUCAGGUUGACGAAGGGCCAGGGAACAAAGGAACAACACGACCACAUUAUACUGGAGUGAUGCAUGCAUUUAGAUCAAUUGUACAGGCUGAUGGAUGGAAGGGAUUAUAUCGGGGAGUGACCCCUAAUGUUACGGGUGCUGGAUUAUCUUGGGGCUUAUAUUUCUUCUUUUACAACACAUCAAAAACUUGGAUGCAAGAAGGGGACAAAACAAAGAAUCUUGGGCCAGCAAGACACUUAGUCAUUGCUAGCUUUGCUGGUUUGGCCACGCUGACUUUGACCAACCCGAUCUGGGUGUCGAAAACCCGCAUGUGUUUACAGUACAGCACCCCAGGCAAGGUUCACUUUGUGGGCAUGUGGGAGACUCUAGGAAAUGUGUACAGAUUUGAGGGAGUGCGAGGUUUAUACCGGGGCUUUUUGCCAGGAAUAUUUGGUAUAUCCCAUGGUGCUUUGCAAUUCAUGGCGUAUGAAGAGAUGAAAACUUUGUAUAACAAACACAGGAAUCAGCCCCUGGACACCAGAUUGAGUUCAUCAGAGUACUUAACAUUUGCUGCCCUCUCGAAGAUGUUUGCCGCAGCGGUCACAUAUCCGUACCAGGUGGUGAGAUCUCGGUUACAAGAUCAACAUCGUAGCUAUAAUGGUGUCAUGGACGUACUGAAACAAAUUUGGGUAUAUGAAAGCCUCCAUGGAUUUUAUAAAGGCCUGUGGCCGAACCUAAUCAGAGUCACCCCAGCUUGUGCCAUCACAUUCCUCAUCUACGAGACAAUUAUCACCAUGCUGACGCCACCAAGGCCCAUAUCAUAG